AUGAUCGAUAAUGUCAAGGAGAAGAUCCAGGACAAGGAAGGCAUUCCUCCAGAUCAACAACGUUUAAUCUUUGAUGGAAAGCAGUUGGAAGAUGGCCGCACCCUUGCUGACUACAACAUGCAGAAGGAAUCCACCCUUCACCUCGUCUUGCGUCUUCGUGGUGGUAUGAAGAUCUUCGUAAAAACCUUGACUGGGAAAACUAUUACUUUGGAGGUGGAGAGCUCUGACACCAUUGACAAUGUCAAGGCCAAGAUCCAGGACAAGGAGGGUAUUCCUCCAGACCAACAGAGGCUGAUUUUUGCAGGAAAGCAGUUGGAAGAUGGACGUACUCUGGCUGAUUACAACAUUCAGAAGGAGUCUACUCUUCACCUCGUUCUUCGUCUCCGAGGUGGUAAUUAG